CUCAAACAUGGCUUCUUCAUGUAAGUUCUUUGACGAAGAUGCAGUAUACAAAAUUAACAAGAAAAAAUUCGUGGAUGUAGGUUUGGUUCUUGAAAACUCAGAGUUCAUAAGCAGUGACGAACUUUCUGAUGAUUCCGAUUACAGAGACUGGGAGCGUAUGAAAAAAGGACAUGUUCGAGUUGCGUGGCAUCCUAAUGGUGUUGAAGAAGUUUUACCAGAGAGGAAGGUUAAACUCUGUGAUCGCUCAUUAAUGCCUGGUGAUGUGGUGAGAAAAAUUGUCAAAGGAAAGGAUACUCAGUUAGGUUAUUGUAGAUACACAGUUGUGAAAGCAGAUGUACAAGUAAUUGGGACAAAACAGGUUGUAGUUGGUGUUGACAGCAAAGAUUUGGUUCCUAUGGAAGAAUUUGCUGCAGAUGUGGCUGUGUUCAAAGACUCAUGGGUUGGAAUGAUUAAAUCUAUAAAAACUGAGCUUACUUUACGUUGCUAUGAUGGAUCUAGAUGUAUCAUGUCAGAUGUUGAUGCUUUUGAUAUGGAUGAUAUUUUAGAUCGCCGAGAGAGGGCAUCAGAAUUCAAGAAGUACAGUUUCUAUCCUGGUCAACAGUUGUGGGGUCCAUCAUAUUGCUUCCAAAGAGUUAAAUGGAUCCUUUUAAAUAAGCCUAUGAGCGAUGUGGUCAACUCCUCCAACAAAAGUGUUAAUGUCACUGUGGAAGACGUCAAAGUAGUUUCUUUAGGUGUUCAAUGGGUAUGCAAAGCCUAUCGGGAAGAAAAUUUGAAUAAUCAAUCUCUUGAGCAGCCGAAACUUCAUCUCUCUGGUGAUGAUCUGAAAUCGAUUAAAAUGAUGAACAUAUUUGAACCUUGUACCUUACAAAUUGGUGAUAGAAACUACUUAGUGAUGAAAGAUUCUUAUGAAGUAAUUUCUCUUCAUGAAUGGAAGAAUCGUAUGUCUAGUCACUUAAAUGCGGAUUCCCAAUUUUCACCUUGCAUAACCAAACGAAGAGCAGCUAAGAAGCUCCAUAGCAAUAAAAAAAAUGACAUUGAGAUUACUGAUAAUAAAGAGAAUAGCAUAGCUUUAAACUGUCACUUGAAUGAUAAUGAUGUUUCAAAUGAUGAUAAUUCUGAUUUUGAAGACAUGGAUGAUGAAGAUAGUGCAAAAUCAUCAGAUACUGCUUCUGUUACUAGUCAUUCUACUGCAUCUUCGGUUGAAACUCCUCUAGGUGUGUUGAAGAAGAAAAAGAAAGGUCCCUUGUAUGCUACAAAAAUUUUAAAGAAGAAAAAAAGUGUGCGAAGACGAGCUAUGCGUCAUACUAUGAAAGAAACAGUAUCUUUAGAACCUAACCAAAAAGUAGUCACAGAAACUCUAAUUACAGAAACCAAAGCUCAUGUUGUUUGGCAAGAUGGUUCUGUUGAAGAAAAUAUCCUUUCAACAACUCUCUAUCCUGUGCAUCACUUAGAUGGCCAUGAGUUUUUUCCAGGAGAUUAUGUUGUUGACAAUAAAGAUACCAGACCCUAUGAGUAUGGUGUAGUUAAGCAAGUUGAUCAUAGUGGAAGGACAGCAAUAGUUUCCUGGCUAAAGACUUAUCAUGCAGGAGGAAAUCCACACCCAGAAGUAUUAUCUGAACAGGAGGUUAGUGUUUAUGAUAUCAAAGAUCAUCCUGACUUCAAGUAUAGACCUGGAUCUUGUGUAAUAAGGGUUGUUAAUACUGAAGAUUCAAACCCAGGAGCAACAGCUGGACAAGUUGUUGACGUUCAUUCUACUGGAAAAGUAGAAGUUUCUUGGGUUAGUGGAGAGACUUCAUUAUGUUAUCCUCAGGAAUUAUACAGAGUUGGAGAAUAUGAUUCUGAUGAUUUAUGGGCUGAUGAUGAUUCCUUUUCUGACGAAGACAGCUGGGAAACAGAAUCUGAGAAAUCUCUUGUUGGUAAUGACGAUGGGGCUGCUGAAAAAGAAUUAGACGGAACUACCAAAGAUCUCGAAAAAGUGUGUUUCAAAUUCGAUGAUGAUAAAGAAGAUGUACAAGAAAAGCUUUUAAUCAACAUUGAAAAACUCAGAGCUGGAAUGGCAAGAUUAGAGGAAGUAUUUACUCAAAAUCCUACCCUUCAAACUUGCAAUGUCAUGAGGAGACUUUUAGAGUUAUACAAACAUUGCAAGGUACUUGAUCAGCUCCUGGGAACAACGUAUUUUCACGAGAGGCAUUUACAAUCACUGGUUGAGAGAUUGAAACAUAGAGGCCGUGUGAACAGCAUUCAGCACAUGGCUGACCAGAUAUUUCGCUUGUUUUCGUCCAGUGAUGCAAGUGCUGAAGUUAAUGAAACUCUCCCUAAAGAGGAAUUCAAUGUAGAAUCUGAUCGAAGGAAAUCUGCAACAGACUCUUCCAAAGUUGAAAUUGAUAUUCGUAUAGAAUCUCCUUCAGGUGAUGAGCCUCCACCUACUUUAAAUUCAAUGAGCUUAAGUGAAGAUGUGUCGAAUAAAAAGCCACUUCUUUCGCCUGUGAGUCCUACCUCUGGUAGUGGCAAUGAGCCACGUAACUUAUGCCAGCAACUAUGUGCCAUUCUAAAAUCUCGCUUACUAAAAGCUCAUGAAGAUGCAGAAUUGAGGUUUGGCAUGCCACGCAGCGAGACCUCUGCCUUGCUAGCUGCAGAAAAUGAACAAUCUCAAACUGUACCAUCGGAAAACUCUACACAGAGUGAACUUACUAACAAUAUUGCUAAUGAAGGAAGUAAUGAAAGUAAGGAUGUAAAGCAGCUUUUAAGUGGUGCAGAUGAAAGCAUUUCUGAAAAUAAUACUGCUGGACAAGGUAUUUUUUCUUUGCUGGAGUCUGUUCCGGAUAAUCAUAAAUAUAAAUUAAGUAUAUUCCAACCAACUGAACCUGGUGCCUUUUUUAGAAUUGUAAAGAAAGAGAUGAAUAUACUAAAAUCUUCAUUGCCUGAAGGUAUUAUUGUAAAAAGCUUUGAAGACAGAAUAGAUCUCUACUCUGUCUUGAUUAAGGGACCAAAACGAACACCUUAUGAAGAUGGGCUCUUCUUUUUUGACUUCCAGUUCCCCGCAGACUACCCCAAAGUGCCACCACUCUGCCAUUAUAUUUCAUACUGUUCAGAUCGAUUGAAUCCUAAUUUGUAUGAAGGUGGCAAGGUGUGUGUUAGUCUUCUUGGAACAUGGGGAGGAAAGGGUACUGAAAUGUGGAAUCCUGAAACAUCUAACCUUCUUCAAGUCAUUGUCUCCAUUCAAGGUUUGAUAUUAGUAUCCGAGCCUUAUUACAAUGAAGCAGGAUAUGAACGUCAGAAAGGCACGCAGCAGGGAAGAGAAAAUAGUCGAAUGUACAAUGAAAAUGUUGUUUUGAAAUUGGUUCAGGCAAUGACCAAAUUGUACAUCAGUCCACCAGAAGUUUUCAAACAAGAAGUCAUUGAACAUUUUCAAAGUCAAGCAUCAAAGUUAAUAAAUCGAUUAGAAAAGUGGCUUUCAGUGUCGGAAUCUUGGAAUUCAGAACAUCCUACAUCUCCUACCUCUCCUUCAACUUUUAAAGAGUUAUACAGUAACUCAGGUGAUAAUUCAGCUCAAGACAUACCUCUACCAGAAUUUCCUUUAAUUCCUGCAUCAAAGGGUUUUUGUAUAACAUUGAGAAAAUCAUUAGCAGAGUUUAAAGACAUUUUAUCGUCACAGUCAAGUGAUGUCAGCUAGUCUUCAAUAAACAAGGAAGAAGUUUGCUUAAAACUGACAGUAUUCAAUUAUUUAUGAAGCAUUUUACCUAAUUUUUCAAUAAAAGAGUUCAUUUCCUAUUUUUUCCCCUUCAUAUGUUUAAGUUGUCUACUUGGAGUGACUGGAUCAUUUCGAAUGCUCAUAGAUUUGUUAAGAAUUGCAUAUGUGCUGCAGCACUUGUACUUUUGCUAGGAGUUAUGGUUUGAUUGAAUAAUUUGUCAUUUUUUAAUGAUCUGCAGUACAUGCAAAAGAUUUAUUUUUUAUACUGCAAGUUUCAAUGUGUAUGUAAAACCAUCUUUGGUAGUGUGGAAUUUUUUUUUUCACUCCUGAGAUUGAUUCUUGUAUUGCGGAAAAUGUUGUAUGUUGCAGACUUUGCCUCUGAACUUCAGCUUGCUAAAAUCUCAUUAAAACUUCAAAACCAAAGCUCAUGUAAAACUAUUUAUAAAUUGGAAUGAAUAGUCAUUUUCAUUUUAUUUACAUUGGGAUUUGGCUCAAGCAUAGUCUUCAGUACAGUUUUGAUUGAUAUGUUAUUACUGAAUUUUUAACCAUAGUAUUUAAUAAUUUUAUCAAUAUUUGAAAUAUUUUUAGCUAUAGUGGAACAUAUUAAAUUGCAAAAGACUUAAAUUGUAUUCUGGCUUAGUGUCAUUCAAAUUUUAUCAUUUCAUGUUUAACUUACGAACUAUUUUACACUGGUUACAUUAUAGAAAAAGUUUGUCCAUGUGUGUCUGUAAUGUUAAAAAAAUACCUGUAUAUAUUGUAAAACUGAUGUAAAUAUAUUUAUGUAAAGAUAUGUUUUGCAAAAGUUUAGAUAUAUUUAGGUGAUUAAAUGCCAAAUUUUGUAUUAUAUUUAUUUUUCAGUAAUACUUUAUGCUUAUGGUUUAUUAUAUAAACCCUAGCUGAGUCAAUAUCCCUUAUUCCUAUAAAGAAAAAAAAAUGUAUAUAUGCAUAGCAGUGCAAUUGUUAAUACACAAACUUAUGAAGAAUUAA